UUCUGAUUCCUUAGCAUAUGCCCCGUCGAGUGGCGCACGACAAAACGAAUUAUUAUUAUUUUCUUAAAAUUCAUUUUUUCUUUUUUUGGGAUAAAAAAAAAAAGAAACUUUCUGAGAAAAAUUUCUCUCUCAAGAUUCAAGAAAAAUAGGAAAAAACAAAAUAAAAAUUUAAAAAAAAAAAAAAAACUGCAGAGGCAACUCCGCCAGGCGCUUCGUGAUUUUCGUCGAUCCAAAUUCAGUUAGGGAGAGAGAGAGAGAGAGAGAGAGAGAGAGAGAGAAUGGAGGCGUUACAGAGCCGAGUGGAAUCGUGGAUCAGAGAGCAGAGAGCGAAGAUCUUGAAGGUGUCGUGGGGACCACUGCAGUGGAGGAUGAAGUGGCCGUGGAACAGCGACGACAGAGAGCAACGGAAGAAGCUUCAGCAGGAGUAUGAACGCCGCAAGAAGCAACUCCACGAUCUCUGCCUCGCCGUCAAGGCCGACUCUUUCUCCGACUUGCAGGACAUCCUCUGCUGCAUGGUCCUCUCCGAGUGCGUUUACAAGAAACCUGCUAGCGAAUUGGUUCGAGCGGUUAACAAAUUCAAGGCCGAUUUUGGAGGACAAAUUGUUUCUUUAGAGCGUGUCCAACCUUCUUCAGAUCAUGUUCCUCACAGGUAUUUGUUGGCAGAAGCAGGUGAUACUUUGUUUGCUUCCUUUAUUGGAACGAAACAGUACAAGGAUGUUGUCACUGAUGUCAAUAUAUUACAAGGUGCUAUAUUUCAUGAGGAUGUUGUGGAGGAUUCCGAUGAUUCCGAAACAAAUAAUAAGCCUAACCAAAGUGAAAAUCAAAAAGGAAACGUGGAAAAGUUGUGGAAUCCUCUUGAGUCAAAAUCUAAGCAACUAAAUGACAAGCCUAAACCUGCAGCUCACCGCGGUUUCUUGGGCCGUGCUAAAGGAAUACCGGCUUUGGAAUUGUACAGGCUGGCUCGAAAGAAGAACAGAAAGCUUGUGCUAUGUGGACAUUCACUAGGUGGAGCAGUAGCAGCCUUGGCUACACUUGCUAUUUUGAGGGUUAUUGCUGCUUCCUCUUCUCUAAAGGAGAAUGAAAAUAUCCAAGUCAAAUGCAUUACAUUUUCCCAGCCCCCUGUUGGCAAUGCUGCUUUGAGAGAUUAUGUUAAUAGAAAGGGGUGGCAGCAUUACUUUAAGAGUUAUUGCAUUCCAGAAGAUUUGGUACCCCGGAUCUUGUCCCCCGCAUAUUUUCAUCAUUACAAUGCACAGCCUCUACCAAUGCCUGCUGAAAUGGAAACUACUUCUAAUUCCACAUUGAAACGUGAGGAAGCAAUAGACAAAGUAAAAGAGAAUGAAGGAGAACGUUUAGUUUUAGGUCUAGGACCUGUACAAAGUUCUUUUUGGAGACUUUCAAAACUUGUUCCUUUGGAAAGUGUCAGAAGACAAUUGAACAAAUACAGUGGGAAAAAAGUUGAUUCUGUUGGUGUUGGAACAUAUUCUACAUCCGAUUCUGCAGCAACCAACUUAUGUGACGAUGAAGUAGUAGAAGCACAGUCACUUGAAAUCCAGGAAGGUUCUGACGGCAUAUCCCUUAAGCCUAUUUCUGACACUAACGAGGAGGCAGCAGAUAUAGCAAUAGCUGGAAAGCCUACUCAAAAAAUUGCCAGUAAAAAUGGAGAUGAUAGGAGAUGGCGUAGGGUGCCUUAUUUGCCUUCAUAUGUACCAUUUGGACAGCUUUAUCUCUUGGAGAAUUCAUAUGUAGAGUUACUAUCAGAUGCUGAGUACUCAAAAUUGACUUCGGUUAAAUCUCUAAUUGCGGAACUACGAGAACGAUUUCAAUCACACUCGAUGAAGUCAUACAGGUCUCGGUUCCAAAGGAUCUAUGAAUUGUGCAUGAGAGAUGAUUCCUCAUCUUUCUUAGGAAUAGAGCAGUUGCAACAGCUUCCACAUCUGCAGCAAUGGUUUGGGCUCGCUGUUGCAGGUACUGUAGAGCUAGGACAUAUAGUAGAAUCUCCAGUUAUUCAUACAGCUACUUCAAUUGCUCCCCUUGGUUGGAGUGGUAUACCUGGUGAGAAGAAUGGAGAACCAUUAAAGGUUGACAUCACUGGUUUUGGUUUGCACCUAUGUACCCUUAUUCAUGCUCAAGUGAAUGGUAACUGGUGUUCAACUAAGGUGGAGUCGUUCCCAUCGGCUCCAACUUAUGGAGUACAGCCAGAAAUACAAAAAAUGCGAGUCUUGGUUGGAGCUCCUUUGAGACGCCCACCUAAGCAUCAAAUGGUACCAGAUUCAUUUAUGGAUCUUUCAGAAACGUCUAAUCUUCACAGGGAGGAUAAUUUAGGAUUAUUUCACAAGGAAAAGUCCCUCCGUCCUGAAGGUUUGAGUGAAAUUUUUGUAUUCUGUACCAGUGAUUUUACUACUGUCUCGAAAGAGGUCCAUGUUCGUACUCGUAGGGUGCGGUUGCUUGGUCUUGAGGGUGCUGGUAAAACUUCUCUUUUUAAGGCAAUACUGGCGCAAGGUAGAAUGACCACUAUUAGUAAUAUUGAGACUCAGCUUCCAGAGAGUGAUGCUCAAGAAGGUAUUGCUGGGGGUUUAUGCUACUGUGACUCAACAGGAGUAAAUCUGCAGGAGUUGAAUAUGGAAGCCUCUCAUUUUAAAGAUGAAUUAUGGACAGGAGUUCGUGACAUCAAUCAAAAAAUGGACUUGAUUAUUCUUGUUCAUAACUUGUCCCAUCGAAUACCUCGCUACAAUUACAUAAAUGGAUCACUGCAGAAGCCUGCUCUUAUGCUUCUCUUGGAUGAGGCUAAAUCACUUGGAAUCCCUUGGAUCCUUGCCAUAACAAACAAAUUUGCUAUCAGUGCACAUCAGCAAAAAGCGGCAAUUGAUGCUGUUUUGCAGGCAUACCAAACAUCACCAAGUACCACAGGGGUGAUCAAUUCCUGUCCAUAUGUCAUGCCCAGUGCUGCUAGUGCUUCUUUGGCUUGGGGUGCUGCGGAUGGAGAUUCUAAUAGUAGGAUGGGUGUUCAAGGACUUAUUUUUGCUCCAAUUAAUCUUGUUCGAAGGCCAUUCCAGAAGAAGGAAACCAUUCUCCCAGUGGAGGGUGUCAAGUCUCUAUGUCAGCUUGUUAAUCGUGUGCUUAAGAGCCAUGAGGAGGCCUCCUUAGAGGAACUUUGUAGAGAAAGGCUUUUGGUGGAAUUGGCGCGAGAUCGUGGAAGGAGAACAGAUGGAGGUCAAGAUUCUCAAGCCAAGGCAACAUCUUUAACAGCUGCGGCGGUGGGUGCUUCGCUUGGGGCAGGUCUUGGUAUCGUUUUGGCUGUUGUCAUGGGCGCAGCAUCUGCUCUUAGGAAGCCCUGAUAUUUUACAUGGUGCUUCGCUUGGGGCAGGUCUUGGUAUCGUUUUGGCUGUUGUCAUGGGUGCAGCAUCUGCUCUUAGGAAGCCCUGAUAUUUUACAUGGUUGAUCACACAUCAAGUAUAAAAUAUAGGAAGUUAGAAAUUUGGUACAACAUUUUGUACAAUUCUCUCUUUUUAUUUAUUCGUUUUCCUCCUUUUUUUUUUUUUCAAAUUUAACUGGUCAAUUGUGUUUCCAUCAGCAGAUGAUUAAAAUCAUUUAUUUGUUCCAUUAAUGUAAAUUUAGUAGCAGCAAGCAAUAUAUAUAGGAAAAAUUAAAAAAAGAAAAGAAAAAGGUUUGGCUUUUUGGUGUCUUUCAUCAAUUCUAA